GUCGUUUCGGCCACCCCUGAAGUUGGACUACGUUCUAAUCCCAUAUUUUAUUGGGCUCGCGAUGUCCUUGGUUCGGGAGUCGAGGACAGCGACGGAGGCAGAGGAGAAGGAGUUUCGAGUUCUCCUCCGACAAGCGGAUCUUCAGACUCUGGACCAGAGGUGGAAGGCGGACGUCCAGAAGAGGCGCUCGCCGACAUCUUUGCCAACCCAGCUCGAGCGCGCGCGGCAGGAUGCCGAGCGCGUCGAUUCGGACGGCACGACUUCGGACGAGGAUGGCAACUUGCUGACGGAAGACAGGGUUCUCAGGCACAGGAGGCACCUUGCGAAGAUGGAUGAGGAGCCAGGUAUGCAGCACGCUCCGGCUUUCGAAAGAAGCUCGACAGGCGAACGCACUUGGAGUCAGCAUCGGAGGCGGUAUCGCGGUCUUGUCGGCCACGUAGAAGAGCAGAAGCGCAAGACGGACAGAUGGCGCGCCGACGUAGCCAUCGUCGUGUUCAUGACCCACUUGUACCUGGUGGGAUACGACGCGUGCCUCGGCCAGAAGCUGAUCGCGUUGACGGUUUCCUUCCUCCCGAGGCUCGGCACGGGCGACCUGUCGCUGCCGAGAGCCGAGCUGGCCCCGCCCCUCAGCCGCCAGCCCCUCACAUGGCCUACAGCGACGGCGCUCGCAGCCCAGCUGAGUGGAGGGGGCCACCUCGACGUGGGCUUCGGGGUGAUCAUCUCGUUCGGCACCUAUCUACGUCCUGGCCCAAUGAUGCAGCUCACGCAGGGUUCGCUGAUAGCUCCCACGAUGCACAUCGCUACCCGUUGGCGAGUUUUGGCACACCGUGUGGUCCCCCGCCUGGUCUCGAACGUGGGCACUCAAGACGACACAAUUCCUUGGGUUGUCCAGAAUCUCGAAUGGCUGCAGGAGGCGUUUCGGGUGCUUGCAGUGGGGAAGAAGAAUGGACGUCUGUGGGUUUUCACGUAUCCUGAGUUGGUGCGAGAGAUAAAUAAGGCGGGCCUUAUGUUGCCAGCUUCGUCAUGCUGGCGCGCCGGGGGGACAUCUACAAGAAACAAAGGAGUCUGUUCGAAGUCCAGUCAACGACAAAAAUUGGGCAACGUUAUGAGAAGUCGGGCAUGAUGAUCACGACUACGCCCUGCUCCCCAUCGCGCUGCAAACGUACAUGGAGGAUAUGAACUCCGACUUGAAGGACGUGCUCCUGCAAGGCCGCGCCGUUCCCCUCCCGCCGCCACUGCCUCUUACUGAGCGAGGCAAAUGUUUCCCCGAUCCUACAGGUUCGUUUUCGUAGAGAACACAAUGAUAUGGGUGUGAUAUGGGUGAGGUUCGCCGUGAGCCUUGCCCCGCAGUGUUGUGCGUCGAGACUUUCAGGACGGCGAUGGCAUCAGAGUCUACGGAACUGACAGAGAGCACGCGGGGGGGAUCAUGUGAGUUGUACGUGAAUGAUCUGAGCGUGCUCGUGUAUUUCAGUCGGGCGCUGAGGGGUCUUCGAAGGAGGGUCCCGAUCUUUUGCGCCCGUAAGGAGUUGUUCGGCUCCCUGUGGCCUGCCCGCUGCCAGUUUUCAUUCUUCUACAGUGGGCGAGGUUCGCCGUGAGCCUUGCCC